UAAGUUUGAAUUUUUGUAAUAUCAAUUUCUCAAUUUUCCCCUUUUUCGACUUUUCAAUUUUUUGAUAUUAGAUUAUUCGACUUUUGAUAUUUCGUUUUAUCUAUAGUUAAAAAAAAAAGAGUUUCGCCUCAGGUAUGGUUAACAUACUGAGUUACCGUGCUCUUUUGCCUUAUUCUUAACCCUGCUCCUGAAGAUGCCACUUACGAAAGUUUGCGAAACGUUGAGCCCAAAAACUCAAUUUACACGGUUCCAACCCGGAAAACGAUCAUGUAUUGAUUCCGACCGUGAAGCCUCCGAAAUUAUUUACAUAUAAACUAUUUACCUGAACCUAUACUCAGUAAAUUAAGUUGAUAACAUUGAAUGUGAAAAUGCUAUAUGGUUCAAAAUAGUGACAUAUCACUACUGACCAGGUUUAUUUAGACGCCUGUUAUAUAAAAAUUAAAAAAAAAAAAUAGUGUUUACGCGGAGUAUAUUUUCCUAGGCUCCUAGGCAACAUGUUUGCGGGAUAAACUUGGCAAAUUUAUUAAACUAUCAAAUGAAUAGUUCGAACGGUAUUCAAGUUUGACACUGAUUAAAUAAACCAGUGUUGCUUAAUCACUGAUUAAAGCUAAGGUUUGUGUUAAAUCGGUGUAAAACGUUUGUUUUUGGUCAAAAUUCAUUUUGUUUCUGUCUAGAUUGGUUGUAUGACCUAGAAAUUUGGCGGAAUUUUGUGGACAUGUAACUGUUGGUAAGCGAAGAAAAAUGUUGCUCCUCCGGUGGGAAUCGAACCACACGUUUACCGCUUGCCGGGCGGGUGCCCUUACCACUAGACUACGGAGGAGCUUAUCUUUCUCCGCUUACCGACGUGUUAUUGUGCCGCCACAAUGACAAUAAUGAAUAAAAUUUACAAAUUUUUAGUUUAUUCGCGGGAAUUUUUCAAAUUGCCUGUGUAAAGACGGAGAAGACAAAAUAUAAGCCCCACCCACCCGGCCUAUCUCAAUUGUGAUGAUUUUUUUAUUCAUUGUGAGCCAAGGGGGCGGAGCUUAACUGCAAAAUUCGUAUUUCUCUACAAGAAAUAAAAAACAUGUUUUUGAGUAUCGUGUUGUUCAAAGAAUACUAUGUAUAUGUAUUAAGAAAAAAACAGGUGAUUGAUCAGGGAAUAGUUGAUAGGUUGAUAAUAUUUUUGAUAUCUACAAUAGUGUGCCAAAACGCAAAAAAAAAUCACUCGAAUUUUCCAAUUUUCAAAUCUCAGAAAAAUUCCGCUGCGUCCGGCAACACUGGAAACAGUACUUGUUAAAAGUGUUUGUUAUUGAUACAUAUAUCCUCAAACCCAAAAAGACGAUGAAGUCCAAGCCAUUUCUAUCUGUUGACCACCCAGUGUAAAUUUUGGAAAAUUGUUGAGAGUAAGAUGUUUUUUCGGACUUUAAGGAAAAAAUGGGAGAAAACUUGAAUGAAGUUAACACGUUGUCAAUUUCUUUUACACAAAGAAUUAGAACGUAACAUUGGUUAUCUGACGAACCCCAUUAUCAGUCGGAUUUAUUAGUCGCCUUAGCCUCAAUGGCGUACAUGUUUGAGGGUCCAGAAGCCGCUAAAACUUUACUGUUUCAGAGCAUACAACUGGAAAAGCCGUCGCCUUGGGGCUUCUACGCCACCCUCUCUCUAGGUUUACUCCAAGACGACUUCAACCUAUCCGAACUAGUUUUAAGCGAACUUAACGUUUUAAAGGAUAGAAAAGAGUGCAUAGAACAUUUUGCAAUUUUGAAAAGUUAUUUCUAUUUACUGAAAAAAAAUAGUAAAACCGCUAUUAGAGAACUAAGCAAAAUAAUCCAUCGCCAUCCAGAUCAAGCGGCAGCGUGGCUAACAUUGUCGUCCUUGUUGAUUCGCUUAAACAAGGAAAAACGUUUCUCUAAAGCUGCCGCCAAAUGUGCUCAUAUUGCGAUGGAAUUAGGACAAAGUAGUAUGAAUGUCACAAAGGUCUUGAGCUUGGUCGCUCUAUCGUUUUUCGUUGGUGGUGAUAAAAAAAGUGCACUUUCAAUGGCUCAGAAAGCGAUACACUGUUAUCCCAAUAUGGCCGAAAACUGGGCAGUUUUUAUUGUUAUUCUAUUACGGACAGCCAAACUGCCAGAAAAUCGCGUCAAGGAUGUUUUAAACUUCGCUCGAACUUUGGAUACUGGUGAAAAUUUAAGCCAGUGGAUGCAAAAAACAAUGUUUAAAUAAUGUACUUAAUAAAAUGUGUUGCACUUUU